UGUUAUCAAGUGGGGAAAAACAGAAAUUUUACUAAUUGGACAUAUUCUUCUCUUCUUGUUUCUGUGUCUGAUCAUGGCUCUUCACUGCAAUUCUUUUCUAUACAAUCCUUGUAAAACCAGACUCUUAUCUCCAUUAAAGCCAUUCUCACCAACCCAUUUUUUCUCAUCCUGUAACCGUCCAAUCUGCAUCAACACCAGCACAUUAAAGCUGCCGAGAAACAGGUUGGAUAAAGUUGUUUCUGCAGUAGUUUCUGAAGAAAACGCAAUUGGGUCGACUUCUGCUGGCACUGAUGUGUUCAGACUCACUUACUUGGAGGGGAAUAGUUGGUUAUGGGAGGUGGGUGGGGUAAAUAUUUUGGUUGACCCAAUCUUGGUGGGUAACUUGGAUUUUGGAAUUCCCUGGCUAUAUGAUGCUGCCAAGAAGGUCAUAAAGAAUUUCCAGCUCAGCAAUCUUCCUAAACUUGAUUGCUUAUUGAUAACUCAAAGCCUUGAUGAUCAUUGCCACUUGAAGACCUUAAAGCCGCUUUCUGAAAUAUUGCCAAACCUUCGAGUCAUUGCAACUCCGAAUGCUAAACCUUUGCUGGAUCCACUUUUCAACAACGUCACGUAUUUAGAACCGGGUCAGAGCUCUGAAAUUGAAGCUAGUGGUGAUUCUAAAGUCAGAGUACAAGCUACUGCAGGGCCAGUUCUGGGUCCUCCUUGGCAGCGCCCUGAGAAUGGAUACCUUGUCAAUUCUCCACAAGGCAACAUGACCCUUUACUAUGAACCCCAUUGUGUAUAUAACAAGAAUUUUCUUGAGAAGGAGCGUGCUGACAUUGUUAUUACACCUGUCAUAAAGCAGCUUCUGCCAAAAUUUACUUUGGUUUAUGGACAAGAAGAUGCUGUCAAACUUGCAAAGUUGCUGCAUGCCAAGUUCAUUGUGCCAAUGAAAAAUGGAGACCUUGAUAGCAAAGGAUUUCUUGCUAGUAUCAUACAGGCAGAAGGAACAGUAGAAUCAUUCAAGGAGCUCUUGGCAAAGGAGCUACCAGAGGCUCAGGUGCUAGAGCCUACACCUGGUGUGGCGCUAGAAGUUUCAGCACCUUGAACUUUUCUAUAGCAAGCUAUGUUCUCAUGGUAUCUCAAUGAAAAUAGAGCUUAAUGAAAUAUGUAAAUUCAGUUAGUUUUUAUUUGCUUAGCUAACUGCUGAGUAGCAAUAAAAUAACUCGAGUAUCAUUCACGAGGUCAAUAGAAAACUAGUGGAAAGGGUAAUUUUAGAGUAAAUUGUACUGGGACUUCUCUUUUGA